UGCUGUUCAAAAGUAAGCAAAGUAGUGUUGAGAGAUCGUGUUUAACGCUCUAAGCUCUAUUAGUGAGCGAAAAAGCUAAUGAGUAUUCAGGACGAAAGUGCUCCGCCUGAUUUUGAUUUGGAUACUAGUGCCGUUGAUAAUGUCAAUCAAAGUACAUCGCUGCCGAUCAAUGAUAAAUAUGAAUCAACUAAAUCAAUAAAUGCUUGCUCCUCUUCUGAAAUAAGCGGUCAAACAAACGCAAGUGAGCCAACGGAUGUAGUAGAAAGCGCUAACAAACGGCUGGCAUAUUCUCGCAACACCCCAUCUAAGGCCUUCUCCUAUCAGGACAUACACUCGGAAAAUACUAAAAGACGUUUUAAACAUGUGGAAAGCAAAGUCGCUCAGUACAUAGCACAUAUGAGAGUCCAAGAUGAGAAACGUCGCAACUCUCAACAAUCUCUUAGGUAUCGUUCUUUACCCGAAACUUUAGGUGAGAGCAGAGAGCAAAAUCUAAAUAUAAUCAAUACAAGCGAGAAAAUUGCAUUUCUACGUCACAAUGGCGAGGAUGCAAAUAACAGAAUAGAUCAGAAGAGCGAAUCGGCUUCCGAAUCUUUGAUACAUGUCGGCAAAGACACUUACGCCCAGUUGCUUAGCGAUAAGGAGCGUAACGAUUAUUUGCAAAGCAAACUGGAGGAGAAAAAUAAUGAAAACUGGCAACUCAAAAAGAAUAUAGAUACCAUGCGCAUCGAAUUGACCCAAUGCAAAGAUAAACUGCAGCAAAUCAAAAAACUACAAAAGCAACAAACUCUUUCCGACUCGUAUGGUUGCUUAUUGGGAACGGAAAAAAGGCAAUCCUGGCAAUAUCGGUCGGGCAAGUUCACAAAAGCCACUCAAACUGAUCUACAUUUAAGCCCAUCAACUGCAUUACGCUUACGACUAACCAAGGAUAUAUUAAACACGUCUACAACUCCCGAUUCUAAUAACAAUAACUUCGAUUAUGAAAGUUUAGGUGUCCGAGCACCGUUAGUCGUAAAAAUGCCUAAAAUUGUAACUACCAUCCAACCGAUAUCGUUAAAUUUUAGUAGCGCAACUGAACGAGAGGAACAUGAUCAUGACCUUAACACAAACAUGAAUGUUUUACGGCAGUCUUUACCUGAUUUAUACACGCGUAAACGCUUAGAGCUCCCUUUUGCAGGCAACAAGGGUCCAAAUCAUUUCAUUGAUUCGUCCAAUACUAGUUCACAUUUAGAGCUAACCACAACUUCGGGGAAUGUAGCGGCCAUGCAACAACGCCAAACCGACCAAAAGCAACUCAUGUAUCAUACUAAUUGCUUUCAGUACCUUAAUUGCGAGGGAAAUGGCAAUGAUAACGCUGAUAGUACCAACGCCACAAAUGAAAGCAAAUUAUCGAUUGUAGUAAAUGAUGGUGCAGGUAAACGACGUAAUACACCACGUAACCAACGGAAGUUACACUCUCGUAUGAUGCGUCUAUUUCGGUCUUGCAUCCGAUGCGAUAAUCCCAACCAUACUUUGGAUGACACAUCAAAUAAGCAAAGGCAGCAACAAUCUUUUACGCAGAUUCCGCUUUUGGAAAAAAGCUUCAAGAAUUAUUGCCAUAACGAACGUCGAGCUGCAGUGUAAUCAUCAUAACUCGUUUUUCGUCAAUUUAUCUGUUUUGAUAUAUGUCCUGUUUCCCAUUUCUAAGCUGAAACGAUUAAUAAUUGCUUAGUAUUGAGUCCCCGUUUGUUCGUCAUCCUUGGAAUUACACAAAACAUUUAAAAAUAAUAUGUUAUCAUGUUGAUGUUGUUGUUGUUGUUAUCGUUUCCCAUU